AGUUUGUUCUAUCAUACAGUUAUCCAGAGCAGAUCAUCACAAAACCUAAACCUAGGAACGCGGCCUUUCGUAGAAGAAAGACACCGGUGAGCUUGGAUCAGGCCUGGGUACCAACCUCUCAGGCCGCGGCACCGCGAGACGCAGCGGGUUGCUAGGACGUCGCGUGGCUGUGACGCACUGCCCCGCCCCCUCCUCCUCAGAGCAUUUCCCCCCCCUCCCCGCCGGGCCCAGUGCGCAUGCUUGGGGCUCCCGUCGCUUGCAACCGUGGCCAAGUUGGCUUCGUCUAGUCCUCCCUCGGCGCUCCCGCAGUUCCCCGCGCUCCGCCACCAAAGCCGUGCUCCCGACUGCCGCGUGUGGCGGGUAAACCGUCGCCGCGAACCCGCGGAGGGCAAAGAGAGGAUGGCCACGUCAGGCGUGGAGAAGAGUAGCAAGAAGAAAACCGAGAAGAAACUUGCGGCUCGCGAAGAAGCCAAGCUGCUGGCGGGGUUCAUGGGCGUCAUGAACAACAUGAGGAAACAGAGAACUUUAUGUGAUGUGAUCCUCAUGGUUCAGGAAAGAAAGAUACCUGCUCACCGUGUUGUCCUGGCUGCAGCCAGUCACUUUUUUAACUUAAUGUUCACAACUAACAUGCUUGAAUCUAAGUCCUUUGAAGUAGAACUCAAAGAUGCUGAACCUGAUAUUAUUGAACAACUGGUGGAAUUUGCUUAUACUGCUAGAAUUUCUGUGAAUAGCAACAAUGUUCAGUCUUUGUUAGAUGCAGCAAAUCAGUACCAGAUUGAACCUGUGAAGAAAAUGUGUGUUGAUUUUUUGAAAGAACAAGUUGAUGCUUCAAAUUGUCUUGGUAUAAGUGUGCUUGCAGAGUGUCUGGACUGUCCUGAACUGAAAGCAACAGCCGACGACUUUAUUCAUCAACAUUUCACUGAAGUUUACAAAACCGAUGAAUUUCUACAACUUGAUGUCAAGCGAGUGACACAUCUUCUCAGCCAAGACACCCUGACUGUGAGAGCAGAGGAUCAGGUUUAUGACGCUGCCGUGAGGUGGUUGAAAUAUGAUGAGCCUAACCGCCAGCCAUUUAUGGUUGAUAUCCUUGCUAAAGUCAGGUUUCCUCUUAUAUCGAAGAAUUUCCUAAGUAAAACAGUACAAGCUGAACCACUUAUUCAAGAUAAUCCUGAAUGCCUUAAAAUGGUGAUAAGUGGAAUGAGGUACCAUCUACUGUCUCCUGAGGAUCGAGAAGAACUUGCAGGUGGCACACGGCCUAGAAGAAAGAAACAUGAUUACCGCAUAGCUUUGUUUGGAGGCUCCCAACCACAGUCCUGUAGAUAUUUUAACCCAAAGGAUUACAGUUGGACAGACAUUCGCUGCCCCUUUGAAAAACGAAGAGAUGCAGCAUGUGUGUUUUGGGACAAUGUAGUAUACAUUUUGGGAGGUUCUCAGCUUUUCCCCAUAAAGCGAAUGGAUUGCUACAAUGUUGUAAAGGAUAGCUGGUAUUCCAAACUGGGCCCUCCAACACCUCGAGACAGCCUUGCUGCCUGUGCUGCAGAAGGCAAAAUUUAUACAUCUGGAGGUUCAGAAGUAGGAAACUCAGCCCUAUAUUUGUUUGAGUGCUAUGAUACAAGAACUGAGAGUUGGCACACAAAGCCCAGCAUGCUGACUCAGCGCUGCAGCCAUGGGAUGGUGGAGGCAAAUGGCCUGAUCUAUGUCUGUGGCGGAAGCUUAGGAAACAAUGUUUCUGGGAGAGUGCUUAGUUCCUGUGAAGUGUAUGAUCCUGCCACAGAAACGUGGACUGAGCUGUGUUCAAUGAUUGAGCCCAGGAAGAAUCAUGGGCUGGUGUUUGUGAAGGACAAGAUAUUUGCUGUCGGUGGUCAGAAUGGUUUAGGUGGUCUGGACAACGUGGAAUAUUACGAUAUCAAGUUAAAUGAAUGGAAAAUGGUGUCGCCAAUGCCAUGGAGGGGCGUGACAGUGAAAUGUGCAGCAGUUGGCUCUAUCAUCUAUGUCCUGGCAGGUUUUCAGGGUGUAGGCAGAUUGGGGCACAUCCUUGAGUAUAAUACUGAAACAGACAAGUGGAUCGCCAACUCCAAAGUCCGUGCUUUCCCAGUCACAAGUUGUCUAAUUUGUGUUGUUGAUACUUGUGGAGCAAAUGAAGAGACCCUUGAAACAUGAGCGGUGAAUGGACUCUGACUCAUCUGAGACUUAGAGAUAUGGCCGCCAGUGGUUUAUUCCAAGAGUUCAGUUAUGAAGUUCUGACCUGGUAUUUUGAUAAAGUAAGAUUCCAGUAAGAUAACAGUUUAUAUUAUCUGGAUUUCCUUACUUAAUUCCAAGACUGUAUUUUAGUUGGCCAUAUAAACAAGAACCUAUCAGCCAGAAAACAUGAAAAGUUACAAGCACUUCUUGAAAACAUGAAUUGCAAAUAUGUAACUGAUUGUGGCAGAGUGGGGCAUGCUCAUCAGAGAAGUAGCCUCAGCUUAGCUCUAGAUUCUAUUUUCAUAAUUGUGUCAGUGCUGUGUGGUUAGGUCUUUUUGUUUCUGUUUGGUCAAGAACUAAGUAGUAGUAUGAAUUACAGUCCGAGAUGGUAACCUCUGAUAGAGUAUAAUAGUGUUAUGUAUUUUGCUUGUCUUCAUUUAUUUCAUUUAGUGCCAAAUUAUUCCAUUUUAAAGUAAGCAAGAGUGGCUCAAACAUACAUAUCUUCUCACAAAACUGUAUGGAUUUGGGGGACUUAACACUGUACCCAGUUACUCAUUAUUCAGUCCGUUUAAUGAAAUAUUACACAUUUCUGUAUAAAAUUUUAAGCUUAGCACCCAUCAUUAAUUUAUAUGGUUUUACUCAGCAGUGUAAAAAGUGCUCUGUGUCUUCAUUCUCUACUGCGAGAGCCAAUCAAUAAGAACAGUUAAGCAACAAAAGAAAGGUGUUUGAAGAAAUUUAUAGAUACUAGAAAAGCACUGAUAAUUGUAGCCCAGUAUCAUAUGAAUUUUAAAAGAUAUGGUUUUCUUUUCUCCUAGCAGAAUAUGUUAGAGAUAACUGGGUUUUAUCUAAAAGUUUUGUAAUAAUUGGCAUUAAAUACAUCACUAUUCAUUGCUUUUAUGUGGACAACAAAUUACCAAAUGGCCUAUUAACUUUUCCCAGUAAUGUUUUACCCUUUGACUAUGUAUGAAAUGUGCCAUGUUAAACUGUCAAUCAAUGUUUUUAUCUGAUAUUAAAUAUUUUAACUUAAA